CUCUCUAAAAGCCAUAGUUUUUUUUUUGUUUCUAUCUGAUUUUCAAAGGAAAAAAAAAAUGCAAGAACAAACAACUAGUUCAAUUCCUGCUAAUUCUCUGCCGUCUAGCAGUGAGCGAUCUUCAAGUUCUGCUCCUCAACUUGAAGUCAAAGAAGGAUCUUCAAGUAUCUCAAAAGUUGCCAAUCUGGGUUCUGUAGAGUCAUUGAUUUUCUCAACUGGGUCUCCAAUCUUACUUCAAUUUUCUUAGUAUGGAGAGUGAUGAGGAAAUUAGAAGAGUUCCAGAGAUGAGCGGCGAGCCGGCCGGGACAUCAGCCUCCGGUAGAGAGACCGGUUCAAACGCCGGUCCAGACCGGGUGCAGCCAGCAGGAGAGGGCCAAAGUCAGAGAAAGAGAGGAAGGAGCCCAGCUGACAAAGAAAACAAAAGGCUGAAGAGGUUGCUGAGGAAUAGAGUGUCAGCACAGCAAGCAAGGGAGAGGAAGAAGGCUUACUUGACUGAGUUGGAAACAAGAGUUAAAGAUUUGGAAAAGAAGAAUUCUGAGCUUGAAGAGAGGCUUUCUACUUUGCAGAAUGAGAAUCAAAUGCUUAGACAAAUAUUGAAGAACACAACAGCGAGCAGGAAAGGAGGCAGCAGCGGUACUAAUGCAGAUGGGUCUUAGUGAGGGAUGGUAAUGUACAAGAGGAGUGCUUAGCAGAGAGAUACUUUCAGAUAAUAUUAUCCCCUUGUUGAUUAUCAUGCAUGGAAGUAGUGUGGCUAUAGGACCAUGGCAAUUUUGCCCCUUAGUGCUAUUUUUCCCCUCAAAGCUUGCACCAUGGCAAAUUCAUUAAUUUUAGAUCUACAGUGGGAUGUGCGCAGUGUGAUGCAGAUGGUGCAUGCCCUAGAUAACAAGGAUGUAUUAUUUCAGCAGUCUGACCAUGUUUUUCAUACGCUGAAAGUAUAUGAAAAUGCUUUGGGGCAGCAGGUGAAUUUGGGAAAACAGAGGUUACAUUUAGCCAAAAUGAAACCAUUUGAUUUUACUCUUAUGUCUUCAGCACUCUGUGUCAGCAUGCGGCAUCCUCCACUGGCGGGAUGCGUCAAGAUGUAUUCAGAUUUGGCCACCUUGAGACGUGGUAGUAUUGAACUGGGUGCUUUGAUGUGUAAUAAUACGGGAGAAAUCAUGUGAGUUAUUGUAGAGGUCCUGAAGAUGAAUGUUCUGGUUGAUAUUGGGGAAGCUUCGGGUGCUCUCCAAUGGUGUCACACCAGCUUUUGAUAUUGGAUAUGUCAAGAGUUCAAGCUCGUUCUUUGUUAUAUCGGUUUGGUUUAUUAUUGUUCUAUUAAAAAAAAAACUUUUAAUUAUUAUUAUUAAGAAUGUGUUUAUAGUUAUUUUUAAA